UUAUCGAGACCCUCAGCGCCGUCGGCCGUCUCAAGUGUUUAAAGCCCCUCGCUUUCUUCUCCCUCACGCCGCGUUCUCUGCCUCGUUCCAUCGCAUCGCGAGGAGAAGGAGAAGAGGGCGGAGGGAUAAAAAGUGCGGUGAGAGCGGAGAUGGGUGGCGGCAAUGGCCAGAAAUCCAAGAUGGCACGCGAGAAGAACAUAGAGAAGAACAAAGCCUCCAAGGGGAGCCAACUGGAUACGAACAAGAAGGCCAUGAGCAUCCAGUGCAAGGUCUGCAUGCAAACAUUCAUGUGCACCACCUCGGAAGUCAAGUGCAAGGAACAUGCCGAAGCAAAGCAUCCAAAGUCUGAUUUGUACCAGUGCUUCCCCCACCUCAAGAACUAGUUGACAAAACAAAGGAAGCAUAUCCUGUGUAGUUUUAAGACUAGUCAUGGUGAACGCCGCUGCUGCAUGGAAAUGUCAUAGGUGCAAUCUUUUAUUGGAUGGCUCUAUUCGUGUGUCUUGCAUCGUUAUGAAAUAACAUCCGUCUGUUGUGUGGUGAACCAUUUAUGAAAGUGAGCGUAUACUUCUUUGGAAAUUAAACUGUUAUUUUGCUA